AUCUCAACACCAAUGAAAAUUAUGAAAAUGAUUAAUGAUUGCCAGUCUGAUUCUUCUUCUCGUAUCCGUUGAUUGAUGGUGUUUGCUUAAUUUUUUUCUUCAGUGAUGAAAUGUGUGUUUUUGGUUUUUAUUUUUUAAUUUUAAUUUUGGCAUUUGUUAGUAGAAUUUCCUCCUGCUCGAGAGUAUUGUCAUGGUGCAUACUAUUUUUUUUUAAAUCUUUUUUUUGGUAGUAAAUCUGUUAUUCUUUUGUGGGAAUUGGAUUGAAUAAGGAUCUGAAUUUAGUGGAACUAGAUUUGUAGUAAGUGGGGUCAGUUUUUGAUCUGCAUAAUCCAAUUCAGCGGGACAAGAUUUCGUUCUUUCUAAUCUGAUCUCUUUACUCCUUUGAUCGUGUUAUUUUCCCUUUAGGUGAUGGUUAUAGUGUUCAUUUGCAUACGUUGUACUGAGUUGAUGCUAAUUUAGUACAUCAACAGACUCUUAAUAUUGUAAGUUGGCAGUAGAUAAUCCUGCUAUAUUUUAUUAUUGUUUGAAGGCUAGAUAAGUUGAUACAAUCUGACACACGGUUCGAAAUCUUCAUUACAGUGAUUCAGAUGGGGUUUGGUAGAUUUAUUGGUGAUUUCUAGAGAGUAUAUACUGAUUUAUGUUCGUCGAAAUUGAGAGGAUGUAUAGCAGUACUUACGUAUACUUGAGCUCUGAAGUAUGAUUUGUAUGGCUUUAUGCAUUUGCUAUUUUGGUUUGAUAGAGUAGGUUGACAAGAAAAGAAAAGACGUUAAGCAUUUUAGCAAGUUCACUUGCAUGGAAAUAUCGAUAGAUUAGAGGUACUGGGUUCUUAGAUCUACUUAAUUUGCUUUCGCUGCUAACAAGUUACAACCAUUAUUCUUUGACCAGCUCUUGGCAGUGGCACUUCUUAGUGUUCUUAUGACAUGGGGUCUUGUUUGAACUUCGACAACACGGGGAACAUAACACAGCCGGAAGACUUUUGGCAGCUUGGGAAAGGACUUUGGUUCUAUGAAUAUGGAGGACCUGUUAAAGAAUAUCUGGACAGCCGAAGAGACUCAAGUUAAUGCUACUGUUGAGAGAAAUGGGACCACCCCGGCCGGAAACUUGCAGAGGCAAGGCUCUUUAACAUUGCCACGGACCCUAAGCCAGAGGACCGUUGAUGAGGUCUGGAAAGAUUUGUUUAAAGAAAAUGGAGGCGCAAAAGAUGGAAGUGGCGGUGGGUCUUCAAACUUGGUGCCAAGAGAACCCACUUUGGGUGAGAUGACGCUGGAGGACUUUUUGGUCAGGGCAGGUGUUGUUAGAGAAGAUGCUCAACCUACUGGAAAGGCAAGCAAUGGUGGUUUUUAUGCUGGUUUGGUUCAAUCUGGUGGUAUUGACAAUGGUUUGAAUAUUGGAUUUCACCAACCUGCUCGAGAUCAAGGAGUUUUGGGUAACCAAAUGGCAAAGAGUAAGAAUGCACUUUCUAACCCGUCUAAUCUGAUUCUGAAUGGAGAUGGGGUUAGAUUUUCCCAGCAACAACAGAAUCAGCAGCCGCCGCUGCAGCCUCUAUUUCCCAAGCAAGCAACUGUGGCUUUUGCCUCUCCUUUGCCAUUAGGAAACAGUGUUCAGCAGAUAGGGAACAACGCUCAGCUGGCUAGCCCGGGGCCGAAUGCUUCUGUCGUUGGAAUGACAACUGCAACUUCUACUGUAGCUCAAGGUGGUGUCGCACCAACUGGAGUGAUGGGUAUUGCAGGGUUACGUCGUGUGACAACAGCAGCUGCAGGAGGGUCUCCAGGAAAUCAUUUGCAUUCUGAUGUGAUUUCUAAAAGUAGUUUGGAUUCUCCAUCAUUAUCACCAUCUCCUUAUGCUUUCAAUGAAGUGGGUCGAGGAAGGAGAUCAUCUAGUACUCUAGAGAAACAAGUUGAGCGCAGGCGUAGGAGAAUGAUUAAAAACAGAGAGUCUGCUGCACGGUCACGAGCCCGGAAGCAGGCGUAUACUUUAGAAUUGGAAGCAGAAGUGGCAAAGCUUAAGGAACUGAAUGAAGAGUUGCAGAAAAAACAGGUUGAACUCAUGGAGAUGCAGAAAAAUCAGAUGUUGGAGACAAUGAAGAUGCCGUGGGGAGGUAAAAGAAGAUGCUUGAGAAGAACGCUGACAGGGCCUUGGUAGAACGGGAAGAUAAAAUCUUGACAAGAAGUACUAAUUCUAGGGCAGUACGAACUCAAGCAUUGUUUAGAUAAGUGGAUUGGAGUAGCUAGCUUGUUAUGAUCUUUUUUCUGUCUCCUGUAAACAUGUUAGGUAGCUUUGUGAACAGAAGCAGGGAGUGUCGUGCAGUGAAUAAGGGAACCUAUUUGUAGCAUAAGAUUUUCCUAUUUGGGGUUCUGUUUGCUUCUCCCUUGACACGAUAGUAAUAGCUAGCAGGAUCUUAAAUUUUGUUGUUGUUCUUGCUGACAUUUUGUAGCUUAAUCUUCUGUCAUCUAAACAAGAAAAAAAUGUAGUGGAUACGUCACCUGUAUCUGAAUAAUCCUUUGUAGGAAAAGGAUAAAGCUAGUAUUUGACUAGCAGUCCUUUGCCUGUCA